AUGUCAUUCUCAGAAUUCGAUAAUUGGGAACCAGUACCUGUUGGAAGCGAUAAUGAGGAAAAUUUGACAGGCAGGGAUAGAGAUGACCACACUAUUGAUGAAAUAGGGGAAGAAAAUGUUCAAUCAGAUCAAGAGGAGAAUGACACUAAGGAAGACACAAGUUCAGUGAACAUGAAAAAGCUAAGGUAUGACUUGCAAGUGGACGAUUCAAAGGAAGAAAAGGAUGGGGCUGUCGACACUACAUCAGAAUCCGAUGAGAGCACAUCUAAGAUCGGAUUAUCUAAGCCAUUCAUAUUCCCCCAAAAAGCACCUAUAAGUAAGAAUGUCGGUAUUGAAGAUGAUAGGAGCUUGUUGAAGGAAGGACUAUCUAUCAGUACUUCCAAUAUUGAACCUAUUACUGACGCAGAGACAAAUACACCUGAUGAUGAAAAAAAUCCAGCUCUUAAGUCAGUAACAUCACCAUCAUUUAUAAGUGAUAUGUUUGCCUCCUUUCGGUCACCAAGAUCUUCUUCUUCUUCUUCCUCUACCAAAAAUCUGGAUUUGGAAAAUGAUCCAACUACAUCAAAUUUAUCGGCCAGAUCGAAGGUGCCCACGUCGCCUAAUAUUAUCUCUCAUAGAAGGGAACCAUCACUUCAUCAAAAGAGAAAGCAAAAUAGAAACAAAAGGGUAAGUAGUGUAAGUUCACAAUUAUCAGCAACAUCCGCUAAUUCACCUUUACAAAAAGUGGAAAAACCAAGGGAGGUCAUUUCGCAUUUACAUAAAGAAACUCAACAAUUUGACGCACGAAUAUAUAAAGAGGAGAAGUUCCUGGACACAGAAUAUCAUUAUGCCACAGAAGAAAGGGAUCAUGAAUUCCACAACCUUUUUGAAGAGGUCCCCUUAGAGGAUAAAUUACUAGAUGAUUUUAGUUGUGCUCUAAGCAAGGAAUUUAUCUACCAAGGUAGAUUAUACAUUUCUGAAUCAUUUCUGUCAUUUAAUUCUAAAAUGUUAGGCUGGGUAUCAAGAGAGUUUAUUCCAUUUAGUGAUAUUGUUUAUAUGGAGAAGACAAAUACAGCAAAAUUAUUUCCAAAUGCUAUUUCUAUAGAGACGAAGAAGGGUGUGACUCAGUUUAAUGGAUUUGUUUCCAGAGAUGCAACUUUUAAUAUGAUAAAGGAGGUAUGGUCCAGGAGUUUAUUAUCGGAAGAAGAUGGAGGUCAUAAAUGCCGUGAAUUAUUAGUGAUCGAACCGAAGAUAGAUGAAUCUGAAAGUGGAGAGGACAAAACAGAUACGAAUGAAGCUGAGAUUAUAAAAGAGUCCAAUCUUGAAGAUGAAAAAGAGGAGGAUGAGGAAGAUGAAAACAGUGACGAAUUUAUUGAUGAAAAAUUAGGGGUUUUAAAGAGGAAAAAUGUUUUCAAAUUCAAAUCAAGUUUGGAUUAUAAAUAUGACGGGCCCAAAUAUUUUCACGAAACCAAAUUCUCAUACUCACCAGAAGAUAAUAAUGAAUAUGUUCUCACCGAAGUUGAACUGGGUGCUCCACCUGGAGUUAUAUUUGAAAUAAUGUUUAGUGAAACUAAUCAUUCAUUUUUAUUUGAAUACUUACAAACACAAAAGUCCUCACAGUUCUCAGAAAUACCUGCAUUUGAUUCUAAUAAUUCAAGAAAAUAUUCUUAUGAAAAGGCUUUGGAUUUCUCAAUGGGACCCAAGUCCACUACAUGCUUCAUUGAAGAAACUAUAUUACAAAAGAAUUAUAAAAAGGAAAUUGUUGUAGUCAAUACGACAAAGACGCCGAAUGUGCCUAGUGGGGGUAGUUUUGAAACCAAGACGAGAUUUAUGUUUAGAUGGGCAUCAGAAACAAGAUGUAUCUUGAAGAUAUCAUUUUGGUUAAAUUGGACAGGAACGAGUUGGAUUAAGGGAGUAAUUGAAUCCAGUUGUAAAAAUGCUCAAAUCAGUGCUAUAAAGGAUCUGGUACGAAUUAUGGAAGACUUUGUGGAUAAGACGGUAGAGGAGUCAGAAGAAAAUGUUGUUACUUCAGAAGAGACAGAGGAGGUGCCUGCCAUUGCCCUUGAGCCACAAAUCACAUCUACCACUACGGAACCAUCAUUGGAGUCUUCAAAGAUCGGUGUGCAGCAAGGUUUAGAUGCAUUAAAGAACAAUAAACUGAUCUUGAUGUUAUUGAUGCUUAUACUGUUCUACCUGUUUAAGCUUAAUAGAAGAAUAGGAGCUCUCGAAAAUUUGUUAAUGAAUCAGAAUGAUUAUAUCAAGGCUCACAUACCCGAUCGUUAA